CGGUUGAGAGUCUGGUAAGGACCAAGCAGGCCGAUGCUCACCAGCUCCACUGCCAUCCCGAGGGCUCUUGUUCUGCAAGGGGGAUUCUAGCUUCGGGCUCCGCUAGGACCGGGGCGGGCCCGCCUGGGAAGCCCCGCCUCCAGCCCGCCCCCGGCCCGGGAUGCGAAUCCGUUGCCAGCUAGCGGCUGGCGAUGCUGGAGGUUCGCUAGCCGAAGCGGCUGCAUCUGGCGCCGCGUCUGCCCCGCGUGCCCGGAGCUCUUUCUGCUCGCGGUCCCAGGAGCCCUCGGCGCCCAGCUGAGCCCGCGAUCACUUCCUCCCUGUGACCAACAGGCGCUGCAGCUUAGAGUUUGGCAAUGCCGUUUGGUUGUGUGACUUUGGGUGACAAGAAGAACUAUAACCAGCCAUCGGAGGUGACUGACAGAUAUGAUUUGGGACAGGUCAUCAAGACUGAGGAGUUCUGUGAAAUCUUCCGGGCCAAGGACAAGACAACAGGCAAGCUGCAUACCUGCAAGAAGUUCCAGAAGAGGGAUGGACGCAAGGUGCGGAAGGCAGCCAAGAAUGAGAUAGGCAUACUCAAAAUGGUGAAGCAUCCCAACAUCCUACAACUGGUGGAUGUGUUUGUGACCCGCAAGGAGUACUUCAUCUUCUUGGAGCUGGCCACGGGGAGGGAGGUGUUUGACUGGAUCCUGGACCAGGGCUACUACUCGGAGAGAGACACGAGCAACGUGGUACGGCAGGUCCUGGAGGCCGUGGCCUACUUGCACUCACUCAAGAUUGUGCAUAGGAACCUCAAGCUGGAGAACUUGGUUUACUACAACCGGCUGAAGAACUCAAAGAUCGUCAUCAGUGACUUCCACCUGGCUAAGCUAGAGAAUGGCCUCAUCAAGGAGCCCUGUGGGACCCCCGAGUAUCUGGCCCCAGAGGUGGUAGGUCGGCAGCGGUAUGGACGCCCUGUGGACUGCUGGGCCAUUGGAGUCAUCAUGUAUAUCCUGCUUUCAGGCAACCCACCUUUCUACGAAGAAGUGGAAGAAGAUGAUUAUGAAAACCAUGAUAAGAAUCUCUUCCGCAAGAUCCUGGCUGGUGACUAUGAGUUUGACUCUCCAUACUGGGAUGAUAUUUCACAGGCAGCCAAAGACCUGGUCACAAGGCUGAUGGAGGUGGAGCAAGACCAGCGGAUCACUGCGGAAGAAGCCAUCUCCCAUGAAUGGAUUUCUGGCAAUGCUGCUUCUGAUAAGAACAUCAAGGAUGGUGUCUGUGCCCAGAUUGAAAAGAAUUUUGCAAGGGCCAAGUGGAAGAAGGCUGUCCGAGUAACCACCCUCAUGAAACGGCUCCGGGCACCAGAGCAAUCUGCAGCCCAGUCUGCCUCAGCCACAGACACUGCUACCUCCGGGGCUGCAGACCGUAGCACCACCCCAGCCACCGAUGGCAGUGCCACCCCAGCCACCGAUGGCAGUGUCACCCCAGCCACUGAUGGGAGCAUCACCCCCGCCACUGAUGGGAGUGUUACCCCAGCCACUGACAGGAGUGUUACUCCAGCCACUGAUGGGAGAGCCACACCAGCCACAGAAGAGAGCACGGUGCCCACCGCCCAAAGCAAUGCCAUACCGGCCACUAAGGCAGCUGCCACCCCUGAGCCGGCUAUGGCCCAGCCGGACAGCACAGCCCCAGAGGGCACCACAGGCCAGGUUCCACCCUUUAGUAAAGGGGAAGAGGCUGCUGGCUAUGCCCAGGAGUCUCAGAAGGAGGGGACCAGCUGAGUGGGAAGCCUGGUUGGGGUGGAGGUGGGAGAUGGGUAGGAGGGUGGGAAUAUGGAUGCGGGGCUUCUCACUGUACAUAGAGUCACUGGCAUGAUGCCCUCACUCCCCAUGCCCCCGCAUCCCCGUGGGGCAUUCCUGGGGGCCACAGGAGAGUAGUCUUAUCUCCUGUGUAUAUGUGUGUGAGUGGUGGGCAGGCCAGAAGCAGGGCCAGCCCCAGCCCCUGCAUGGAUUUCUUGUGGCUUUUCUGUCUUUUGCUAGCUUCACCAGUUUCUGUUCUUGUGAGAUGCUGCUCUAGGGAUACUCAGGGGGCCUCUACUCUCUUUCCUCUUCCUCUUGUCUCACCAUUCCCCCAGGCAGGCCCUGCAGAUUCCAUAAUCUCCCAGGCCCUAAACUUGGGUGGCCUUGCCCUGAGAGCUGGUCCUCCAGCGAGGCCCUGUCAGUGGUCUUAGGCUCCUACACAUGAAGGUGUGUGUCUGUGGUAUGUGGGCUGCUCUAGGAGUGUACACAGGCUGGUAUAGAGGAUUCAGAAAUCUAGGGUAGUGUUUAAGUUAAGACUGGUCACAUGGCUGGGGACAUUGUGUGCUAGCUAUGGGGGUCCUCAGGAGUGGAAGAGAAUGAGUAGGAGGGUAGAAGCUUCCAUCUUUAUCUCUGGGAAGCCCCUCCUAAAACCCUGGGUUAUUUCCUGCCCUCCUGAGUUCUUCCCUGGGUUGUACCUUCAGGAACAAUUAAGAUGUGGCAAGGAGGCCUGGGAGGGAAGAGUACAAGCCCAGCACCGAGUGCCCCAGCCUUGCUGGGUCCUUACCCUGGGCCAAAUAGGAAGGGCUGAUAUCCUCUUGCUCUUCCUAGAUGUCCACCGCCCACAGACUCAGUACACAAUACAUUCCAUUACAGAGGGCCUGCUGCAUGCCAAUACUCUCAUAGUCUGAUUUAGGGGGUUGGCAUUUAUAGGAGCAGAUUUUCUGUUCGCAGUUCAACUGUGAAAUGGAGAGGAAUCCCCUCUAUUUCUACAGCUUACUUCUGGCAGAGGCCCAGGUGCCUCUAACCCAUGUUGAGUUGCUUUUGCUGGGAUGAGGAAGUAGAAUAAGACUCCCCAGUUCCCUAAGGGAGGCUCCUGACAGGUGCCCUUGUCAGACCCUACCAUAGCCUGGACAGGCAGCCACACUGGUCCUCGGCCCUUGCUCGGCACUCCGUGGUGGUCCUGCCCUUCUCCCUGCAUGCCUGUGGGUCUGCUCUGGUGUGUGAAGGUCAGUGGGCUGUGUGCCUGUUGAACCUGGCAAAUAAAACAUCACCCUGCAAAG